AUGCUCGCCGUCGGGGUCGGAGGUCAGGGCGAGCGUCUCGCGGGCCAGAGGAGGAAGAGGGCGGGGGAGUCGCGCGUUGCACAGGAGGAGAUUAAGAAGGAGCCGGAGAAGCCGAUUGACGGCGAGAAGACAUGCCCGUUGCUGCUGAGGGUCUUCACCACCACCAACGGCCGCCACCACCGCAUGGACAAGUUCUCCCGCGGAAACGUGCCCUCCAGCGAGCUGCAGAUCUGCACUUGGAUGGAUGCAACCUUGAAAGAACUGACUAGUUUACUGAAAGAAGUCUACCCAGAAGCUAGAAAGAAGGGCACACACUUUAAUUUUGCAAUUGUUUUUAUGGAUCUUAAGAGACCUGGUUAUCGAGUCAAGGAGAUUGGCAGCACCAUGUCUGGCAGAAAGGGGACUGAUGAUUCCAUGACACUGCAGUCACAGAAGUUCCAAAUUGGCGAUUACUUGGACAUAGCAAUCACCCCUCCAAAUUGAGCACCACCUCCUUCAGGGCGUUUGAGACCAUAUUAAGUACUCUAUUUACUUCUUGAAUUUUAUUUUUCAGGCAGUUAUGUAAAAUAAAUUUACAUAUUCUUUUUCUUCCCUUGUUUUUUUUUUUUUUGCCAUUAAGCCUUGAAAUUCUAAAUAAAUUGUAAUGCAUCUA